AUGAGGCCACUGCAUUGCUGCAAGAUGAAGGUGACGAUCAAGAGGUGGCACGGCGUGGCGACGUGGACGUGGGGCGUGGACGAGGAGUGCUGCGGCAUCUGCCGCUACGCGUUCGAGGCGUGCUGCCCGGACUGCGCCAUGCCGGGCGACGGCUGCCCGCCCGUGUGGGGCGCGUGCAACCACGCCUUCCACAUGCACUGCCUCAUGAAGUGGCUCGAGUCGCUGCAGUCCAUGCGCCAGCACUGCCCCAUGUGUCGCCAGGACUGGAAGUUCCGCAACUGA